AUGGCAUCAACUGCAGUUGUUGAAACAGAUAUAAUUGAAGAUUUAGAAGAGAAACCAAUAGAACAAUCUGAAACAUUAGCUGUCAAUGUCGAUACUGAAAAUGGAGAUUUAGCAACAGGCGAUCGAUUUCAACAACGUCUUGAACGUUUUGGAACAAUAGCACCUGCAGCAAAAAAACUUUCACGUGCAUUACGUUUUGGUACAACGACUGAGCCCAUCGACCCUCAGACUAAAAAACGACGAUUAGAAAGAUUUGGUGUCGUAGUCGAUUCAGCAGAAAAUGCACAAGAUAAAAAGCGUCAACGAGCUGAACGUUUCAAUGUAAAUAGUCCGACAGUACCAAUAGACGACGAAACAAAGCAAAAACGUAUCAAUCGUUUCGGUGUUGUUACACCAUUGACAUCUACGUCAACAAAGAAAAAAGUCAAUGCACAAUCUUCACCAGCGACCCCAGUGUUAACUGAUGCAAUUAAAAAGCGAGCUGAACGUUUUGGUGAUAUUUCAGCCGUCGCUAAAGCAAACGCAACGGAUGAACAAAAGGCUAAGCGUGCAGAACGAUUCAAACCCAUAACAAGUGUUUGA